GUAAUAAUUACUAAAAUAAUAAUUUUACUACUCUAUUAUCUGGAAUGGAUAGUUGUAAAUCUUUUUAAAAGUUUUGAAUACAGAUUAGUAUAAGGACACAUCCACGCACUUGGAUAGUGUAUAAAUAUAACUACUUCAUGUCAUCCUGGCCAUUUAAUAUUUUUAAUUUAAUGUAAGCUCUACCCUUGCUCUUUCCCAUUUUUAUUUGCCUUUGCCACCACUAUCCCCACAAUCUCAUUCCACCCUUUCCUCUUUCAUCUUCCUUCCUUACACCUUUUCCCAACCCCUCUCCUGUACUCUUCCUUCUUCAUUCCCUUUCCACCGCCAUGACUGAAGAAGAGUGGCUUAAAGCAGCAAUCAUGGAUGACACUGUCGUUGCUGAAUUACUGCUGGGUCUCAACCAGGUCAAUCCGUUACCCUCAAAGUCUGACAACAAGACGGAUUUAGUACCGCUUGAGUGGAGUGUCCGUCAACGCAGGUCUAGACCGGUUUCUUUUAAUGCUAAAAAACCGGCUCCACGUGCUAGUCCUACUACUCCUUUGUCAUGGAGUGGGGCUACAUCUGUUAGUUGGGGAGCUGGUGGUGGAAGUGGAGGUGCAGGUGAGGGUGGUUGUGAAGAGUCCAGCGGACUUACACCUCCGCCGUCUAAAGCUCCAAGCAGCACGAGAUCUAAGGUUAAUGGUUCUAGUGAUGCUACCACCAGCAAGAGAUCAAGGAAGAAAAAGACACUGACAGAACUGAAAGAGGAGGAGAUCAUGCUAAUCAAGGAAAGAAAGCAAUUGAAGAAGGAACUAGCUUUGGUACAAGCCAAUUUGGAGAAACAGAGGGAUACAAAUCAAAACCUGAAAAGAAUGAAGCUUGAUUUGCAGACUCAACAGGCAAAUGAAAGAGGUACAACUGUUGCAUAUGAUGGGAGUUUGAGUCAGUAUCAGCAAGAGGUCCUACCAAGUAAUCCAUCCAUUCCCAUCUCCCUGGACAAAGUUGCAGUAGUGCCAUCAUCUCCGGAAGAGCAGCAAGAUUGUCUGGAGUCUAAAUUUGUACUCCCAGACCUCAAUCUUCCAUUUGGCGAGGAUUCCAGCACUGAAAUUCUAUGUGGGGUGAACUGAAAUACGUCCGCAUAACACGUGCAUUCUCCAAUGAGGAAAGACAAGUAUAAUGAGAAGCAUCUAUAAGUAGUAAGGGCUAACCCUGUUAUAGGUUGAAUUAUGGAGUCAGUUGUAACAUAAGGACUUUCCUUCACCACUUGCCACACCGAAUGUGCCCAAGUGGAUUUUUAGUCAUGAAGGUACUGAGGGUAGUUAGGAUCUGUGAUAUUUCUUUGAAAAGAUGUCAACCAUAGGUUAGAGAUCCUAACUCGCUAGUUGCAGUAACAUUCUUUUCUGACAGGUUUCUUCAGUGUCCAAUUCUUUGGGUCCAACCCUCAUUCCUUCUGAGUUUCUCUCUGGAAAUAUUUACAGAUAAAAUGUAACUAUUUUAUAUAUUAGUCGACAUAUUGCUUGAAUACCAUAAUUCUCUUUUCUCAA